UUAUAUCGUAAAUUGAUUGUUUAUAUUCAAGGGUAAACCAGCCUUGUGCAUAUACUAUCCUUUACCAACAUCGGGUAGUCUAUUAACCCAUAGAAGAACAGGUGAAACGAUCUCUUAUAAAUAAAUAAAUAAUUAAAAAAAUCAUACUAAUGAAUGACAAACGGAAGCCGUUAGGUAUUCAUGAUGCUAAUAAUGAUACGGUAAACCCAUUGCUAGAAGCAACGUCAAAUUUUGACAAAACUGAAACUUCUAUCCCUUUGCUAGAGCACGAGUUUUGUGAGAAAUAUGAAUCUGAAGUAGAAGAAAACAAGGAAAAUCUGAACAGCGAAAGCAUUCGUCAAUUGCUUUUCGGAGACGAAAUCGCAGGGUUUGUUGACACUGGAGAGAAACCUCCAUGCUCUUAUGCUACAUUAAUCGGUUUAGCUAUUCUUCAAGCCCCAGAGAGACAAUUGACUUUGAAUGGUAUUUACACCUGGAUUAGAAAUACCUUUCGCUAUUACUUAAACCACGACGGGGGCUGGCAAAAUAGCAUCCGGCAUAAUUUAUCACUAAACAAAGCCUUUGUGAAAGUUGGGAAAAGCAAAGGAAAGGUAUCAAAAGGUCAUUAUUGGACAAUUGAUCCUGAUUACGUUCAAGGGUUUGUCAAUAUUAAAUUAAACCGCGGAAGCUCUUCAGAUUCAAGCUCUAAAAAGCGGACCUCCUCGAGGAGCAAUGAUUUUAAACCAUCUUUAAAACGGGACACUCCCAUUCCACGUAAAAGAACUCGGAUCAAUGCUUUCAAAUCAGGUAAUUCCUCAAUUGCAGCUUCUAAACCUCCACUUGUUAAAAGUAAUACGGAGCCAACAUUACCCUUAAACUAUGACAAUAGUUUAAAACCCACAAACAAAUCACCGCUUUCCUUAGCAUCUGCUUCAAACACUAUCAAAACUUCUGAACCCCCCUUCACUGAUUUAAAACAGCAAGAGCAGUCCAAUUCAUCUGAUCAACCAUUUUAUGAAAAUAAUGACCCUCCAUUUUCCCAACUUUCCUCCUACCAGGAUUAUUCCCUUAGUAGCUUGGCUGAUGACGAACAACCCUAUUUCCGCCAUGCGUUUUCCUCAAACGACAUUUCCUAUUCCACAAAUACCGAAGAUGUUUUACAAGCUGAUUUUCCUGUUUCCCAGCAACAUAACUUAGUAUCUUCAUACGUUGCUUCUCCGAAUUCUCAUUCCCCGCAAUAUUUGUCAAAAAGAAUAGCCACCCUAACCCGUCCUUCUCGGUUUUACGACUACCCUGGAUGUCCUUCUUUCCAUCGAACUGAUACGUCCUAUUCUGCCCCUGAUGCUGUUCAUUCAUCCAGUUACAAUUCAAAUAAUGCAGCUGAAAGCCCCUGUACCAAAAUAGCUCCGAAUAGCCCAGCGACUUCAUUAAAGAAGCAUCGAGAGCACGUUAAAUCGUUACUUUGUCCGAUGGAUUUGGCGCCGUCUCUUGAUGCUUCUGAUCCAUGGAACACUUCCAGCCAGCUGUUUUCAGAAUCCUUGUUCGACCAUCAUUCUUUUCAGUCUUCACUUGACGAUUUGGUAUCAGCAGCUUGCUUUCAAAAUAGUCCAGAGACAGUUAUUGAAUCUAGUAAUGCCAAUGACUCUGGCUCAGUUGCUCCCACUUCUCUAUAUUCCUCUCAAAUACUGAAACAAGGAAAUGAGUCAUUUGACCAAACAUCAGAAGACUCGGCUACUGAACAAUUAGCCCAUGAGAGCGAAAGAAGGGAGACUGCCUCUUACUUUAAUGGUGAUUUUGCAAGUUUUUCUGAGACAAAUCAAACUGCGAAAAAGGUUGAAGAAUGCUCUGGUAGCAAUCUUGAACAAUUAGAUGAAGCAGAUAAACAGCUGCUACGUCUGGGCUCGGAAAUUAAUGACUUAUGAUGAAUUACUUUCUUUAAUAUUUGAUGAUUAUACUUUUUCGAAAGCUGUAAGUUGUGGGCCUUGUACAUAUCUAAUGUUGACCCAAAGUUGAUUGAUGCCGAGACCGUUUAUGAUUUAUCAUGAAAGCUGCCCACUUUAAUGAUAGAACGCCAACAUAAUCCUUUUAUUAAUAAUCUCAUGACUUUGAUGCUCCUCCCUAUUUAUAUCCUUAUGCAUUUUAGGCGACAUGGAACGCCUCCCCUAGAAGUAUACUUAUAGUUUAAUGAACUCUUUGGUGAGAAGGAUAUGUCGAUGCUGGUGAUCUUAAUUCUCUAACGUCUAUAGAAGUUUAUAUGGUCUUAGGGAAAACCUAUCAUCUGAUUUUCUGACUUCUCUACCCAUAUAGUUUUGACCAGCGCACGUGCCGUAAUUAUCCGUCACGGCACUACCUACAUCGUCAUAUGUUCUCAGGAAUACUAAUAUAUUUAUUUAUUUAUUCAUUCUUUCAUUCAUUCUUUU